AUACUAUAUACUCCAAAUUUAAGAUAAUAGAUGGCGUGUCACCUUAAGGGUUCCUGGUGCUGCCUUGCUGGAUAGAUGAGAUGAAGGUUCCUGCCAGGUGAGGAAGAAGAAGAAAUGUUUGGCCCAGACAAACUGUAUAGGAUUACGAACUGGAGUAAAAUACUUCUCAACCCAUCCUCAAGAACAACUGAACAACGACAACAAGAAUAAAAAAGAAGAGGAAAUUGGGGAGAAACAUCAGGCCGAUUGAAAAAACGCCGCCGGGUAGGGCCUUUAUUUUAUUCAAACGUGUAACGGUGCAAGUGGGUGAAGACCCGAAGACUCUAGCAGGCCCGUUCGAGUUGCCAGAAAAACAGAUGGGCCGUGUGUUGUGUCACGUCCAAAUUCGGCCACUUCAAUCCUCCCGGAGAGUCUGACCACCAUCUGAUGCAAGCUGAGGCCACCGCGGCGCCGUGCAUCUCCUCCGUCUUUCCGAUGGCCGAGGGAAAUGAUGAAAAUGCAAUGGAGGUUGCAUACCACACAGACGCAAACGUAGAUGCAAACACAGACGCAAACACGGACGAGAGACAAAGGAGAGAAGGGAAGUCGAGGUCAGUGGUCUGGCAGCAUUUCAUAAAGCUCACGAAGGAGGAUGGUACUUACGAGAAGUGCAAGUGCAACCAUUGCCACAAGGUCUUUGCUUGUUCGAGUAGGUCUGGGACCACUAACUUGCUACGCCACCUGACCGAGGGCGGGUGCCCAGUCGUCAAGCUCGACAAGAAGGGCACCUCCGAGCGUAAGACAGCCUCUCUUCCAUGGAAAUACGAGCAUCAAACGCCAAUCGAGGUUUCGAUUGAUAUGCAUGAGGACUUGUUGCCCGAUGGGUUACCUUACGCCCCCUCAAACGGUGAAUUUGUGGGCCCCUCUUAUGGUAAAGCUUCUAAGACGCCUCCUAGGAAGUCCCUAGUCAACGGAGGGGAUGCGUGGACAAACGAGUUGAGGGCUUGUUUGGGCAAACUCAACAAACUAAUCAAUGAUCAUCUCCCCAAAGGAGCAUCCUUAAAGACCUCAUUGGACAUAGGUAAUCCCGACACAUCAAUAUUUGGCGCCAUAAAGUGUUUGAAUGAGCUGGAGGACAUCCCAGAAUCAAGCACCAUGUACCUUGAUGCUCUUGACGUCCUAAGAGUUCCUGAAGAAAGGGAAUGUUUUGUCUGUUUAAACCCUGAGCCACGCAGAAGAUGGCUUCAGAGAAUGCUGAAUCGCCAGUACCCCUUAAUCUACAACGAUCAGAUUUGAUCUUUCCCAAAUAUGCCUAAAACGCCCUUCUGCGACAUAAGGGAGGGCUGCAUAGCUUUCUAGAGCCUUCUAAAAGAGUCGCGUCGUGAAUUUUGUCUCUCAAAAGGAGUGUCAUCCCCUUGAACAGGUUUCUCUCCUAUGACCAGGUUUUGGACUGUUCUUUGGCAUAACAAGUUUUAAGGUCUUAGACUAACAAAGCGAAAGUAUCGAAUCUCAUUCGUGAUGUUAUUUUUCUUAGGAAUUACAGUUUACCUUUGUCUCUUUUGUUAGGUUUUACAGCAAAGAAUAUAGUAAAUCAAAUGUUUUUUUUUGG